CACAACGAUAAGUACCUAUAAUAUAAACUCCAUUUAAACCGCAGAUUUGCUAUUCAGUCUCGCCUAAAUUUGGCUUAACUUGAGAUGCAAAUCUUUUAGGGCUUCAGGCUUAAGAAACUUUUAAGCGCAGAGCGUUUCUUGGGAUGCUGCUCUCCUAUCGCGUACCUAACUGAACCAUCUUGUCUGGUUUCGUGUUCCCUCGGGCACUUCAUUAAUUGCAUAAUCGUCCUUAGAACGCCGCGCGUCCUUAUCCCCAAUUUCAUCUAACAACGUACGGCGAAGUCGUUCUCGUCAGCCUCCAUUGGGCGCUGCUAAUAGCUCGGCAAAACUGUUUGGCUUGUGUGCUCGUGUUCCCACCGUGUCGGUGCAUUCCCUACUCCUCCACUUGGUCGUCCGGGACCUCUCGAACACCUCCUGCCACGAAAGCUCCAUCUGCACUCGCUUCGCUGCGCCGCUGUGGCGUUGUCUGCCUGCAUCCCCUGCAGCCUCCCCUCGGCAUUAAUUAAACAACCGUUUCCAGAGCAACACCCUGACAAGUUUCAUGCCGUAAGCAGAGCCGUAAACUGAGAGAAACAGGGGGUACUCACUGAGAAAUAUUACUACACAGCUUAGAAUGGGAAACCACAGAGAUUCAAGCUGAUGUGCCCUACGUCCCCAAAACUUUUGUGAGUUAUCAGCUCCGCUCCAAUGGAUAGCAAUUCAAUUCUAGACGUUCGUAGUGUCUCGUUCAGUGGAAGGACCACACGGCGUAUGCGGCAUUUGAAGUGCGUAUACGCCUGGUGUGCAGCCUGGUGGGGGAGGCACGGGAGGCUUUACAGGUGAACACGGUCCUCGCCUGUAGCUGCUCGAUUGGCUUGACAUGCACAAAUUGUUGCUGCUCAAAAAAAAAAGCAUGAAAAAGAGCAGAACCGAGGAGGUGAAAGGUGAAAAGGAUGACCUGGUAGGUUGUUGUCCUCGGCCAUUGCCACGCCCAUUAUUAUGGCGCCAAAAGCAAGCGGCUCGACUGGAAAUUGCCCAGCCACUGCCAGCCAACCGAAAGACCCCCGAGCACCACCGCAAAAUGGGUCAAUUGAAUGUUUGUUGUGCCAUGUGCUCAGUGGCAACUUUUGUGUUGCCAGUGCGGUUUUCGCAUUUGUCCGAAUGCAAGGAGCCCUCAUUAAUGGACAUUUCCAGGCCGUCUUUUGUCCGGGCUCGAAGCACGGAGCCUCGGAUCCGGGGUGAAUGCAUUCGCACUCGUGAAUAUUUGAUGUCUUCCGCCUUUCGAGCCGGAAAUUAACUGCCCCAGCUGACUGACAGGCAACCGGAUUGAUGGUUGCUGAUUGAGUCCCGGCUCUUCCGAUCGAUCCGUGUCCAUUUAUCUGGGCAUCAAGAAGUGGCACUGGCGAACAAGCAGGCUGGUGCAGGGGUGAAAGGGGUAGAGACAAGCUUUUAUUCAUCUCCUUGCACCCUUUUAAAAUAUCAUAAAACACUCUCUAUUCUAUCCCACGCCACAUAGAAAAAUGAACAUUUUACAUCCUAUUGUAAGAAGGAUAAUCCACUCAAAUCACUUUGGUUCCUUGUUACCUCACUGCAAAUUGCCACCAUGAUUGCGAGUUACUUGUGUAGUAGCGCUCCUCAAAGUGUUUGCUGCACAGAUCGCGUUUGUUUGCCCUCUUUGACUUUGUGCUGCAGGUGCAGUAGAAUCAUGGGGAAGCGAUGGAAAGCUGGCUGGUUCGCCAUCCAUUUAUGCAACAGUCAGGGCAAAAGGUUACCGUCGCGUCGGGUUAACAACCCCAAAAACACAGGUACAAAAAAGGACCCCAGCACGCAGCACGCUUUUAGAAAUCGGAUUACAAGAGCGCCUGAGUGCACAGCCCACACAAUUUCUGCCCCUCCCUAUGUGGCAUGCACUCCAGUCUCUGUUUGUAUUUGUGUUGAUGGAUGUGUCCUGAUGUCAAGGUUAUUUGUAAACCCAAAAUCCCUCUCCAAAACCACAGGACAGGGUCCCUGAACAAACGUUGCAAUUCUUUCUUUCCCAUUAUCAUUGUUCCCAUCAUUGUUAAAAGCUAAAUUAAGCAUAGUAUUCAAUUCCCCAAAAUCGAAAAAUAUAAAUAUUUUAAAGCACAUUAAGAAUUUUCACUAUAGUUGAUAUCAUUGAUAUAAAAAAUGUAAAUAUUUGUUGUUUUAAGCAAUAUUUAUUCUUCUGAAUCUGUUUAAUUCUCUAAUUACAAUAUUUAAGUUCAAGUGUUCCUCAAAACUAACACAUUUGUGACACUGAAUUGUGAAUAAUGCGACUUCUCGUGAUCCCUCAACCAGAUGUCGUAAUGAUGCCCGGCAUUACUUUCGAGUGGUUCUCGAUUUGAAAAAGCAAUGGGGUCUAGCCUCGAUUUGAAUGCGAAUAAAUGAUGCGUGCUCGAAUCUCGUGGAUCUGUUGGCAUGGGAAGCGUGUGAAGCAGGAUGUGGGCCCUCGAAAAGUACACCCACCCCCCUUCUUUCGAAUCCACCUGUCAUCCGACAUGUGUCAUGUGCAUGCCGCUCCGCCUUAAUUAAACAUCCCAAUCACGUACUGAAAAUAUUUCAUAUUUCCAUUAAGCCAGCAAACAUACUAGGAUUGUGUGAGUGCCGCCAGCUAAAAUACAGGCACAAAUCCCCGUAUUCACUUAUAAGGGGUACAGUGCGAAUUGGAUUUAUCACGACUUUUGUGUUGAAAUAAUAAAGAAUUAGGUUUAUCAGGACUUUUGUACUGUAGUCCUAUGGUUCUAUAGUAUAGGGCGCUGUUUUGAAUUAACAGAGCAAUGCAAACUAUUUUUUAAAACCAUCUCCUUACAGUUCCAGUAGCUAUAUAAAUAUUAUUCUCUUUAAAGAGGUCUUAGUGAUGAUACUUUAAAAUCACCCUAUAGAAAAUUAUUUAAUCUCACCACCUAAAAUUACGAAACGCACUGUAUAGUUCGCAUGUGUAUCCCGAUUUGUGCUGUGUCCACUAGACAGCGAUUAGUUUCAAUUGCCCGUGGCGAAUGGUUGGGGACUUUUCAUUAAGUUUCUGUUUUGAGUGGGUAUUGUUCUUUUUUUCGCCAGCUCUAUGUGUUUAUCUUGAUCCGAGUCUGAAUAUGCGUUGGCAUCCGUACAUGUGUCCCUAUUUGUAUCUGUUAUUAAGCGCAAUUUCGGAGCGCACGCUGUGUUUGCCGGUGGGUGGAAGCGGGAGGAGCUUAAGCAGCUGCACCGCCGAACCGCCAGAGCCACCGAAGCCGGAGCCACCGAAGCCGGAGCCACUGAAGCCGUCAAUAGCCACGGUGAGCUACCAGGAUGAGCAGAAGCCCCCUGCGGUGGUCACCACCCAGCCGAGGUCCCACUUCACGAGCAGCCACCACCACUACCACUUGCCGCACCAGUUCCAGCAUCCACACCACCAGAACCACCACACCCACAGUGUGCGGGUGCCCACGCCCACUGUGCCCAGUAGCUAUGCCCCGCCCGCCGACAGCGGGAGCAGCAGUUCUCCCGUUGACCGCCGCCGGCUCUUCAUGGAAGCAGCUCCUCCGGCCGCCGCCGGAGGGUCCCUGAUGGGCACCCCCGCCGAGCCAGCGGUGGCCAUAUCCCCGGGCCGAGUCUCAGCCCGCUCGGGAUCGCAGCACCAUGUGACCAUCGACGAGUCCAGUCUGCCCAGCCACAAGGGCAACAUCCAGGAGACACCGGGGCCCAGUGGCCUGAUCAUUGGCGGCGGAAAUGGGGACGGCGAUCGGGACAUUGGAGGCGGCGGGCCCGACAGCUCGGAUCCGCCCUCCUCGCCCGGAGGCAGCAGCUCCCAGCCGGCCCUCAGCGGGAGUCAGGCGGACGGACAGCUGGCGCUGAUGUACCACUCGCAUCAGCUGACCAACUAUCCGGUGCUGCCGGCCAUUAAGCGCACUCACCGGCCAUCCUUUGUUUAUCCGCCGAUGCCGAGGGUUAAGGCCGGCGAUGCACUGGCCACACUGUUCUCCGCACUCUACGGGAAACUGUUGGUCGUGAUGGGAAUAGCAUUUCCAAUGGCAGAGGUUAUAUCGACCUAUAUCCCACCCUCUUUCUAUGAGGUGUACUAUUUGUACUUGUACAUCGGCAGCAUGAUAUUCCUGCUUUUUAUGUACGCCACUUUGCUAUGGGGACGUCCUAAAUUGCCAGUUCCAAUUGCCACUUCCCCGAACAAGUCGACGACGAAGGCAAGUGGAACAGAUAGCAUGGACGAAUCGGAUACAGAUAGUAACUCCGUGCACCACCGACUCCCACCGGCGAUUCCCGUGCGGCGUCCAUCGCUCCUCUCGCCACUUGGAAGGAGGGAUGCCCACUACGGUAGCUUUUAUCUGCGCAUGGGCGCCGUCGCGUUCGGAAUUGGCAGCAUGAUCUAUUCGGGUCUGGAGUUUGGACAGUAUUUCGAACUUAAUCCGGACACCAAGUGCCACAACGUUCUGCUGGCCCUGACGCCGGCCACCCGUAUGGCCUUCAUCUUCAUCCAAAUGUACUUCAUCUUCCUGAACAACGAACAGAUCAAGGUGUAUCGGUACAAGAUCAUUGCUCGUUUCGGCCUGAUGCACAUGAUUGGUACGAAUUUGGCCGUUUGGCUUAAUGUCCUCAUCCAGGAGACGAAGCACGAGAUAUUGACGUUCUACAAUCCGGAGAAUCGCACGCUGAGGAUUUCGCACAGGAUACCGGGACACUCCAGGGGGCAUGCCAUAAUCCAGCACGAUCCGACGGCCCAUUUGCGGGUUGCGAGGGGCCUCAAGGGACCGUACCAAAUCUUUGAGUGCCGGCGAACCAAUAUCAUUGGAACUCUGGUGCAGGAUGCCUCGCCGUUUCUGUUCCCCUGCACCAUUGAGUACUCGUUGAUAUGCGCGGCCAUAUUGUACGUGAUGUGGAGAAGUAUCUCAAGGCCCCAGACGCCCACGCCCCAGCGUCCGGAUAUGAUCAGUUCGCCGAUGAAGCGAUCUCCGCACCACUAUUCCGUGGACUGUGCCAGGGCCCACAAGGGCCUGUUCGUGGGCAUUCUCAUCCUGGUGCUGACUAUCAUAUCGCUGAUCAUCUUCUUUGUGCUGAUCUCACGGCCCGAGUUCGUGGCCUUGGCCGUUACGGAGGUGACAAUUUGUGAGCUUCUCAUCUACGGAACGGCCACGAUAGCCACUUUGGUCGGGAUGAUUCAGAUCCGACAUCUGCAGUACGAUGCCUACAGGAGUUUCUCGCUGGAUGACAUACUCUUGGUCGGCGCGCAGACGGGCUCGUUUCUGUACAACAUCUUUACAGUCAUAGCCGGGCACUUUACCCUGCGGAGUGACGAUAUGUUGGUGCCCAUAAAUGCCCUGGCCUCCAUCGUGCAGACCGCCUGCCAGACGAUGUUUAUUUUGGACGCCAGUCGCCGGCAGGCCGUCAGCCCGGAGCACUUGCGCAAGAAGCCAGGCCGUGAGAUCGUAACCUUCAUGCUGGUCGUGAACCUGGCCAUGUGGGCCAUCAGUACGCUGGAGAAGUCUCGCGCAGAGUCGCAUCCCAUACAGCUGAACUUCUACGGCUUGUGGGCCUGGACGAUCAUCACGCACGUGUCGAUGCCCCUGGCCAUAUUCUACAGGUUCCACUCGACGGUGUGCCUGUGCGAGAUCUGGAAGAGGGCCUACAAGCUGAAGCCCACGUACAUGUGAGAAUUCGCCCGCUCGCGCAUCCAGAGCAUUGCGCAGCAGCAGCAAUUCUGCGAGGAUCUCAAGACGAACCUGUCCUACUGCUACUGCUCCACUACGCUGGCUGGCGGCGAGCUGGAGACCGUCGAGGAGGUGGAGAGCGGGGAGAGUAAUUCGGCGGAGGAGGGAAGAGCACCGGCCGGAGGAUCAGCAGGGUCGGCAGCAUCAGCAGAAUCAGGGGGAGCAGGAGAGGUAGGAGCAGAGGGGCAACAGGGCGGCGAUGGCAGCUGUGGACUGAGGGCACCCAUCCGGGCGCUGUCGCCGCAGUCCCUCAACACGGAAAAGGCCUUCUGUCCGGUUUACGUGAUCAAUGGCGAAUGAGUUUACGCGCACUUUGAGUUCAUCGACGCGAUCAGCGGCCAUGAGCUCAGCUUUGUCUAGGACUUGCAUCCGCUGGGCUCCACCAUACCAAUCCACCCACCAACGAAACCGACACCAGAGAACUAGGAACCCAUCUUCGAGAACCACCAAAGCCAAACAUAAACCCAAUGGGAUGCAAGCGUCGAAAGCCCAAAACAUAUCCUAGAAAAGAAACAUUAUAAAGAAAAGAUUCCCAAUGGGUCCCAAGUAUGGAACAAUAUAAGAUAAAUCAAUCGGGUAGCCCCCACAAGACCCAUAGCAAAGAUAAAUCAUUGAAGAAACCCCAAGCAAUGUCAUUAGGGCGUAUAGGCAAUAAAUUUCCAAGCAAUUGUCACUAGUGCGUAUACGCAAUAUAUUAAAUGGUUUAAACUCAGCGUUCACUUACUACCAUAAAGUAUUUUUUCUGACAACAACCCUCAAAUCCGAUUUUUACCACUUAAGAAAAGAGGAAAUUACCAGUGAUUGUAUGGAAAUUUUAUUUUGAAGUAUCUUUGUUCGUAUCAAUCGAAAGUCCCGAUUUUUAGGUAACUUCCCUUUGGUAGCAGGUGAGCGAUCUGAGAAGUAUUGUAGGCAAAACACGUAACCGUAGAUGAAUACAUGUUUACCCCUCACACACAAUUCCGAAAAUCCAAGAAUCAAAGUUUGAUAAAUGUUGAAAAGAGUCGCAAUCAAAAAACUAGACAACAUUUUAUACAUUUAUAAAUAGUUACUGACUGAGGAUCAGCAAAACGGGUUGUGAACCAACCGCACUACGAUGUAUGCCGCUAAACUAACGAUCAACCAAAUAUAGAGCAGAUAUACCGAAUAUGUAUAACCCAAGAUAGCGAGUUCUAUCAAUGAUAUUUACAAGGAUAAUUAAUCGGCGUUCCAAAGCACUUUGGAUGUAUUUCAGAAAUGAAAAGUUUAAAGAAAAGGAAACGGAAGAAGAGAUGAAGUUUUGAAAGAGGAGAAGAAUACGGAUAGGAGAAGUCAUUAACCCCACCAGAAAUCGAGAACCGCAAAAGUUAUUAGACAACACUGUACUACAAAGUAGACGGUUUACACAGCCUAGCACCUAAGGAUAUAUACUCACAUGCAUAUGUAGAUGUUCAAUCCAAACUGCAAAAGCCCCUCUUAAGCCCCACCCGUGAUUGUUUGGUCCCCUUGUUGAGAUUCCUGAUUUUUAGCAUAGAAUUUACCACCAUUUUUAACUUAAGUCCGAGAUAAAAGACAUGGAGAGCUCUUGUUAGGAACCUUGUUUCGCCCGAAUAGAUUUUUAUGUGAUACGUUUGUGCUUGUUCCAGCUCCAGUAAUCCCCAACAAACCCCAUUUCAGUAUUAUGAAAGCUCAAAAAUUGUAGAAGGACAAAUCAAGAGAUUGCUAAAAAUUCCAAUGAAAUAACUUACUAUAAGACGCACAAAUCUAUUUAAGGAGGUAUAAAUAUGUCUGUGUUUUUUUUUGUCUACCAUAAUGGUAUAAGUUAUCUAGGAUAUAGACCCCACUUACACAUACGAUGCGAUAUAUAUAUUUUCAAUGCCAAAGAGUUCUUUAUGUAGCCUACGUUGUAAUCGCUUUCUUGUUGAGUUCGAGUAUUUUGAAUCUACUGACUAAUUAAUUGUAUAUUCAAAGUUAUGAAUGCCAAAAUCGAAAUCAAAACCAAAAGAAACAAAAAUCUUAAGAAAAAACAAUAUAUAUAUAUAUUAAAUUAGUUAUUUCAAUUUUAUACUCGUACUAAAUUUUUAACUAGAAUUAACUGUAACUUUGUAUGCAUUUUCUUACAUGUAUUUAUUGUACGCCGACUCGAAACAUUGUUCGAAAAAUCGCAUAUUCAGCGAAAAAUCAAAAUUGAAAAUUGUAUUGUAUUUACAGCCGAUUACAUUAGAAUUUAUUGAAACUAAGUAGAUAUGAUGAGAGAUCGAACUCAUUAGAGGAACUCCUAUUCUAUGUAGAAUCGAAACGAAAAUCGAAACCAGCAAAUGACAUUUUAUGCAAAAUUAAAAAAAAUUAAAAGAAAAACGAAAAAAAAACCAACGGAAAUAUUCAAGUUAUACCCGACAACCACUAUUUGUUCUUAUUAUUCAAAAAGGAAAAUUAAAUAAAACGAAAUUAUAGUAUUUGUGGGACUCACUUAAAAAUUCUAACUAAGAUGAGAACUUGCUAUUAUUGUACGACUAUUCCUAUUCGUUUCUAUAACUAUUUCUCAAUGGAUCUUAACUUGGGUUUUAAGCCACAAGCCAUAAUAAAUAAAUUCUUUCAAGUUUUUCUACACUCUUUCGUAAGUUUCUAAAAAGUGUUUCUGGAUGUUUGUUUUUGCUUUAUUCUGAAAGGUUUCAUUUCUAUCUUCGAAUUUAACCCUAUAUUCUGAAUUUCAGUAGCUAUUAAGAUGGAUUGAUUAAGAAUUCCUUAGGACUAUAUGGAUUAUUCAAAUAGUAAGGAGUUAAAUUUUGAUAUUGCCUAAGAUCUUUUACAGUUCCGUUACCGUUUUUAAAAGACAUUUAUGCAUCUCAGAUUAUUAAUAUCAGAUAAAUUACUUCUGAUUCCUAUUUAAGGAACAACUUUCUAGCAACUUCUAAAUAUUUCUCAUAAUACUCAACCAAUGCAACUUGACUAAGCCUAGGAAGAGCAAUUUGUAUUAAGUGUUACAAGUAUUUAUAUGUAUUUACAAUAAUGGCUAUGAACAUAAAGUUAAAACACAACAUAAAACUAGUCGUGAAUGUUCUGUGUUCCCCGAAAACAAAUACACCACCACCCUGUACACCCGAAAGACAACUAUAUUGACUAUAAAAGAGCAGUAAAUAUGCAAUAAAUAUGAAUAAUAAAUUGAAACGUAUUUCGAUUACUAUGCAAAA